CAUAGGGGCGGCUGUUUAGAUUUUAUCAUUUCGGUAUUUUCGAUUAGUAUAAAAAUAUUUAAGACGUACAUUGGAUUACGAAUACUUCUUAAAUAAAUUCGAAUACUAAAGCAGCGCUAAAAAUGUCUCGCCAGACCUCUAGACUGGACGCUAAGAAAGUUAAUUCAGAGCUGUUGACGCUCACCUACGGCGCUCUGGUGUCUCAGAUGUUGAAGGAGAUUGAUAAUACGGAUGAUGUAAAUAAGCAGCUCGAGAGAAUCGGUUAUAACAUGGGUGUGCGUCUUAUUGAAGACUUCUUAGCCCGAACUACGUCCACCCGCUGUCUGGAGAUGAGGGAGACUGCUGAUAAAAUUCAGCAGGCAUUUAGGUUAUACCUAAACAUGCAGCCAACAGUGACCAGCUGGAGUAGUUCUGGAGACGAGUUCUCGCUGGUCUGGGACCAGUGUCCGCUGAGUGAGUGGGUGGAAAUGCCCAACAACGGCCUUAAGUACUGCAUGCUGAUACCGGGGGCUAUUCGGGGCGCGUUGCAAAUGGUCCAGCUGGAAGUGCAGUGCUGGUUUGUUCAGGAUCAAUUAAAAGGUGAUGCCGUGACCGAGCUCCGAGUCAAAUACAUCAAGAGGCUAGAAGACGCUGUGCCAGCUGGAGAGGACUAAACAUGGACUGUUAGUUAUUUUAUUACUGUUUAUAAUUACAUUACACUCAAGCGGCUAGUUAAGAUUGCACUUUGUCCGCUUACUGGUUGUCAAUCACACACACACUGCUAGCAAAGAGAAUAAAUAGUAUAGAGGGGCUCUGUCAUAGUAAAUUUUGUAGUCACAGUUAAUUUACUGCCAUCUAUCGA